ACACAUCUCGGUGGUUGAAAUUAUACCUAGAAAACCAAAAACGCUUACAAUAAAUACUAUAUAGUAUACCAUAAAUACAUAUAGCAAGCAAUAGCAAUAUACAAGCAGCACAACAGCUAAAAGCCACAGCUAACUACCUAAGCGCUUUUUCUGUUGAAAACUGCCAGCCAGUCAGCCUGCCCGAUUGAUUGUAUAGUCGUCAGCCGCCACAGCGUGCACAUUGCCGAAGCAAGCAAGCAAGCAAGCAAACAAUAAAAUAAUAAAGUAUCUAUCAUCUGCGCCUACCUAUAGCCACACAGCUAGCUUUUAGUGCCCUGCUUGCUGCUUAAAAACGCAUUAGAGCGAUAGAGAAGACAAGCGUCAAGAGCGUGUGUACUGUCUUCGUCCUCGCUGUUGCAACGCAACGAUACGCCUUCGGCUGUAUACUACACGAACAUUCGUAUUCCUUGUUGGUGUUGUUCUCAUUGUUGUUGUAGUUGUGUAGCACUGUAGAUACAGAUACAUUUACGUAUAAAGUAUCUACGUAUCGCACAGAACACAGAACGCAGAACAGAGCUCAGCAGCAAAUAACAUUUCAGAAGUUAAAUACACAUCGCAAACGACAGUCUCGAACAGUGUGUCUGUGUGCUUCGUACUGAGUGGAUCGUCAACGCAAAAAAAGAUUUGUACGCGUCUUGUGUUUCAAAAGCAAAUCAAAUAAAAUUUGUAAAAAUACAAACUACAUAAUUAAAAAAUAAAAAAAAUAAUAAUAACCGCGCACGCAGUUAUAUAAGUUAACUAUAAAUUAAUAUAAAAUAUUAUAAAACUACACAGAACAAAUCAAAGAAAAAUGUCAGCCGCCACAGAACAACAGAAUAACGGUGAUGUCGCUGUUGAGAAAGUUGCCGCCGAUGCCGUUGAUGCGGCAGCAGCCGUUAAGGAAGAUCUCAAAAAGCCUGCCGUCGACGAAACAGUAGCGGCCGCCGACAAUGGUACAGCGUCAAAAGGUGACGAUGAGGAAGCCAACGAUGCCGCCGCACCCGUCAAAGGGCAAGUGAAAGGAACAAAACGGCCCGCCGAUGCGAAAUCCGCUGAAUCAAAGAAGGCCAAAAAAGAAAAGGCCGCCGAUGUCGAUUCAGAUGAUGAGGAGGUUUUAGAAGAGAUCACCGAGGGUGAUAGUGAAAUUGAAAGUGACGAAUAUGAUAUCCCCUACGAUGGUGAGGAGGAAGACCUCGAAUGUGACGAUGAUGACGACGAUAACGACGACGGCUCCGGUUCCGAUGAUCAGGCGUAAUAAUAAUAUAGUAGUCAAAACACAUUUAAAUUAAAUAUUAAACAAACAAACAAACAAAAAAAAAUAUAUAAAAAAUGCAAGAAAACUUAAAAAACUGCAAAACAAAAAAAUGUAAUAACACAAACAAAGAAACAAAAACAAAAAUGAUGAAGUAAAAGAGCAAGAAGUAUAUAAUUAUUAUGUUAAGAAAUACUUUUUAAUUUCUUAUUUUAUUUUAAUUGUAUUAUGUGUAAUUUUUUUUAUAAAAAAAUAAGAGAAUGAUGAUGAACAACAAAAUGAAAAAAAGGCGAAAAAACCCACAAA